CUGGAACCUCACUUUCCCGCCCGUAUCAUCUCGUCUCGCUCUAUGCCCGUGUCGCUGCAGCAGACGGCCGCUGGUGUCAAGUCUGUCUCUGGCGUCAAGUCGAUCCACCUGCUGCGUGCUCUCCUCCGCGAGGCCUCGUACCUGCCUGACGAGACUGCCCGCCACUACUUCCGCCGCUACCUCGUCAGCCGCUUCAAGGCCUACCAGCCCAAGCAGAACGCGACUGCCUCGUUUGAUGUCGAGGCCGUGGAAAAGUACAGACACCAGAGCUUCAGACGUCGCCAUGUAGGCAUCAUCAAUGAGCGUGCACACAGACUGCAAAGAAAAGGCCACAAGGGGCUCAACUACCUGCGCCGUGCCAAUCUAGGCGAGCAGCCAUGUCUGCAAAAGGUGCUGCACUUUGCCUAUGGCCGUCUGGGGAGGCGCAAACACGUGCUGCUAGACGCUCUGCUCAAGCCAGACCCCUUCAUGCAGGGUAGCAACGAGACUGCACUCCCAGACUUCACAGGUCCAACACCUCUGCAGAAGCUCUACUACAGUGACAAGCGCUAUCUGCAGUACUUUGACGCUCCCAAGCUCUCCAAGGCCAACCAUGUCAUCAGCAUCUCUGACCGCUACUCGUGUCUGCGCACGGUACUCCAGUCGCAGCAUCAGAAGGGUCUUGGGCUGCAUCGAGAUCUAAAAGGCGCUGCAUUCAAGACGCCAGUCCACAACAUCUGGCACCGACCCAUGCCCAUUAAAAGAGCCCGCAACAACGUCAAGAGAUGGUAUGCUGAGACUAUGGAACGACUGCUCCCUCCACUGCCCAACGAAGAGUGGGACAACAUGCACGCCAUGGUGACUGGGGAGAAAUGGAUCAGCUUCACCAAGCCGAGGACGCCUGGUGUUGAGCUCAACCCAUCACCUGUACAGGAUGUGGACCUCUUCAAGAAAAUCAUACACGAGGGACUCGCCUUGGACAAGUUGAGCAGAGCAGACAGACCAGCAGGCAUAAACCGUCCCCACACCAUCAACCCAAAGUUCAUGCGGCGCCUCUACUCCAAGAUCCUCGCACUCUGCUGCAAGCUCGACUACGACCACGAACGCGGAAGAUGGAUUGCGACUUGGGGCGAACCCAUACAACGCGAUACUCUCAAGACAUACCCCGUCGACGAGUCGCUCUUCGCUGGCGUAGACGCAACCGGUCACGUUCCUAAGGAGAAGAAAAAAAAUACGCCUGACAUGGGUGAUGCUCCCAAGGUGGCUUAUAUACAGCCCAGAAACGACAAGGGCGAAUACCUACGCUUUCCCUUCUUUACAGAAUUCCUGCCGCCCAACAAUCCGCUGCGAAAAGAGCUUGACGAGUGGAAGAGGAAGCGUGCUGCAGCGGCAGUUGCCGAAAGCGGUAAGGCUAGCUCCAAGCGUUGACGUCGCUGCAUCAUUUCUGCCAGGUCGUCAUGCAAAGGGCGCACAACAUCAAAUAUCUACAAGACUAUCUCAGCACUUGCACACAGAAAAACAAAACACAAUGUCGCCGCCAGAAGCCUCGCAAAUGCCCGCACCCAUCAUGCAGUCCAACGGCGCCACCAUCCGCUACGCCACACGCGAAGACGUCCCCGCAAUCCUCUCCCUCAUAAAAGAACUCGCCGCCUACGAAAAAGCCUCCUCCUCAGUAGAAGCCACCGAGUCCACCCUGCUACAAACCCUCUCCUUCCCCCAACCCACCUCCUCCCCCACGCAAUUCACCCCCGGCUUCGCCAAAACCCUCCUCGUCACCGCCCCCGACGGCUCCACCUGCGCCAUGGCCCUCUUCUGCUACAACUACAGCACCUGGACCGGC